UAUCCUACUCGCCGAUUCAGUCGAUUUCAUGCCAGACAAGUCUUUGCUCGAGCCAACUUUCCGUUGCGAGCAUACGGACCCAGAAGAGGGAUGGCGCUUCUCAAGAUCGGUCUGUUCGGCACUGUUGGCUACUUCGUCGCGAAGAAGCUUCUUCAAGACUCGAAUGAGCCACUUCAAAAUCCUCAACAAUGUGCAUCGUGCGGACAUGAGCGGCAGCAAGAAUCCAGGCAGCAACCGACGAACGUUCCACGGACGCCAUACCAUUAGCAUUUUGCAGUCAUCAGCCAUGAUGCCAGUCAGCCUCAACAAUCAGCCCUUUCCUAGGUUCAGUAGUCAAC